AUGGUGAAUAAGAAUUUAAACCUGUGUAGGGUGUGCUUAUAUGCCUGUGUGACUACAAAAUCAUUCGACAAGGACAAAGACUUGUUAUUAAUGUACGAAUUUUGUUGCGGCAUAAUUAUAGGUGACAGCUGUCCUAGACAGGUCUGUGAAAACUGUUUUAAGGAGUUAGAUUUUUACGCAAAAUUUAAAAGGAAAUGUGCAGAGUCCGAAAGAUUUUGGAUAUCAUAUAAUGCACUUGGCGACAAAGCAACAAAUUCGAAAAAUAAUGAAAAUUUAGAAGUACAUCCAAUAACUAAGACAAAAUACUUUGAAGAGGAAUCAAGAAAUUCUUCUAUAGAUUCACUGGAUUCCGUUGAUUUACUAUCGAUUGAGAAACAAAUUGAAGUCCUACAAGAUUCAAAAAAGAAAAUAAUUAAAAUAUCACAACUGAAUAUAGACAAAACAAAAGUAAAUUCAACAGCAAAUAUAUUAAAACCACACUGCAGUGUAUCUGCUAAAGAAGUACCUUAUAAAAAGAAUGUUGUAAGAAACAAUGGCUGCGGUUUAUGUAAAGAGACCGGCUUUAAUGAAAAAGAGUUGAACACACAUUUGAGCAAUCAUUUGGCACGAAAUACAUUAAAAUGUGAGUUAUGUGAUUUUGUUGGAAGAGAUUUUGCUGACAUGUUGUAUCAUCGUGCAGACCAUGUGACAUGUGUAAUGGUAUCAAAGCGUGGAAGUCGGCUAUCAUGUUUCCUGUGUAAAAAGCUUCGUUUGGGCUCUCUACGUCUACAGUUCCACUUCAGACAAGAACACCUGAAUAAGGAGGGAGGAUGGUGCAUUUCUUGUGGAAAAACAUUUAAAACCUUUAAGGGAUUUCACGCUCAUAUGAAAGUACAUAAUGAUAAAGAGCUUUUAAUAUGCAAUUAUUGUAAUGGAAAAUUUGUAUUCAAGAGCAACUUAGAAGAACACAUUAAAAGUCAUUUGGGGUUGAAGACACACAUGUGUGAAAAUUGUGGAAAGGGUUUCAUUAAGCAAAGGGCUUUAAGGCUUCAUCUAAGGACUGCACAUUCAACAAACGAUCGGAUAAAGUGUAAACAUUGUGACAAAAUGUACAAAAAUGAAGAUACGCUGCGACACCACAUGCGAGAAGUGACGCGCGCAAAGCCCUACAUUUGCACCAUAUGCUCGAAAGCCUUCAGUGUGCCGUCGGCUUUGAAAUCCCACGCGUUUUAUCACACGGGUCAGCGGCCGUUUCAAUGCGACACUUGUGGAGCGAAGUUUAAGAAUAAGUCCGCGCUAACAGCUCAUCGCUUGAGCCAGCACGUGGGAGUCUCAAAGCACAAAUGUGUGUACUGCGAGAAGUGUUUCUUCACAUCCACCACCUUAAGGAGGCAUCUGACCGUCCAUACGGGUAUCAAAAAGUUCUCAUGUCCCCAGUGCGAUAAAGGUUAUAAUGACAAGUAUAGAUUUGAAGCGCAUUUGGCUAAACACAGUUAG